UUAAUGUUGUAUGUUUGUUUGUCCGCAGCAUGUCUGAAGGAGACGUGUCACUAAUUCGUGACGAGGACCUUCUGCGCCGUAUGUGGCAGCAGACCGAGGAUUUUUCCCGCAAGAAAGAAAUCCGCGCCCACAUGUACCGCCUGCGUGAGGAACGCUUGCGCAACCUUUAUUCGCCGGACUACGCCUCCGACGGAAAAGGUUGUGAGUUCACGUCGCCGCAGGGCCACGUGCAGUCGUUCGCCGACCAGAGCUUCCAGUCCAUGAAGAGCAAGGAAGUGCGCGACGCGGGCUCCCCUCCCAAGGAGUUCUCGUACCGCGGCCAAGACCUGAAGGAGCUCUCGAACGCCGGCUGGAACGUGGAGUCGGAGAACAGAACGACGGACGACGGCCACACCCACGUCAAGUCCGUGCACGCCAACAUCGAGGGCCGAUACGACGUCGAAGGCGGCAAAGGUCAGUUCGCAGCCGUUGACCAUCACAAGCAGGCGGUCACCGAGUACCAGGACGAGAACAGCAGUCUGAAGCGCAACGAGAGCUCGUCCAACACGGCGGCGCACGAGCAGGUGGUGCGCCGCACCGAUGACGGGACACACUUCUCGUCCACUACCAGCUCCAGUUCCAGCUCCAAGUACCAGCAAGUAUCGACCAAAAACGAAACAGUGCCAUAUUCAAACGACUACAACCAACGAACCCUUGACUCUAACCGCAAUGAACAACUAACGAGGAGGACUCACGAGAAUACCGUGGGGAACAACUACGACAACGGAGAACUGGUGUCCAGGAAAGUGGAAUACCCCGAUGAUAACACCCGGGUCAUAGUCGAGACGAGAUGUCUGCCCGACGGAACUCGCGUCACCAGCACUCGCCGGGAGUUCCGUGCGCCUGUACAAAGCACCCGCUCCGAGCAGCGCUCUCAGACGAAGACCGAGAGCAAGUACAGCUCUCUGCACAAGUCCGAUCAGACGUCCACGUCCAACGUCUCGCGAUACACUGACAACCGAGUUAACGACAUCGUCGACUCGCAAAGAAAUGUUGACGACCAAGACUUUAAAAGACAAAUUCUAAAAUAUACUGAUAAUGAUGACUAUUCUGAGACGCAAAGCGUUAAGAGUUACGAAACAAACGUCAAACGUGUUGUGGAUUCCAAAAUUGAUGACAAUUAUUCGCAAACCUCGCGAUAUGAAACUAAAAUUAAUAAGAAAUAUAUUGAUAACGUUGACGAUUAUUCGCAGACUGACAGGUAUGAUAAAGUUGACAGAAAAGUGGUUAAUAACCAACGCGACGAUGUGGAUUACACACAAUCUCGACAUGAGAUCAACAAGGAGCAUUUGAAGACCGACGAUUCCCAAACAACUCGGUACGUGACCAAAAUUAACAAGGUUACUGACUACACCACUGAGGACGACAGGCGUACUGUUCAGCAUUUUGAAAACGUGGACAACGUGGACCGACGCAACAUCACCAUACGGCGCGAGGUAACCGAGCCCCGUGAUCAAAAAGAUACUCAUCCCAGAGGCACAUAUCCGCAAGACUCGACGCCUGACCGUCGUGAUUCGACUGUGCCGCGCGAUCAAAAUGAAUAUCCGAAGGAUGUUUAUUCGAGAGACUCAUACCCGAAAGAUACAAAGCCUGACUCUCGCGACACCACAGUCCCUCGUGAUCAUAAAGACAACUAUCCGAAAGAUUCUUACCCAAGAGACGGUUAUCCUAAGGACAUACAUCCGCAAGACACAACAACGCCGCGCGAUCACAAAGACACGUACCCGAAAGAUGUAUACCCUAAAGACACUUAUCCCAAGAACAUGUAUCCGCAAGACUCUAAACCUGAUCGGGAUACUGUAGAGCGUGUGCAUACUAUCACAAGAGACAAUAAGGAAGAAGUUGUAACUAAAAAAACUUCUACAGAUCAGUACCAGACUACCUACGUCACAGACUAUACUCAGAAGAAGAUUAGUACUGACUGGAGCCCUACCCAUACUGCUUGGGCGAGCACACUGCGUUCCGAUACGCCGACUACAACUCGGCCGUCGACACGAGCCUCAUCCCCAGGCAGCAGAACUUUCAAGUCCAGUACUUCUUCGCUUAGAAGCAGCGUGAGUCCUGAUAAAAAGAAACCGUCUAGCCGUGGGGGUAGCCCUAACAAGGUUGAUCGCUAUUCUCCUUCCCGUACUGUGUCAGAUAAAUACACCACUCAUUCUUCUCAUCAUGUGACCGAAACUAAAACUACUAAGCAUACGGGCUCUGAUGGUCGCCCCCCCACCGGUCGCUCUCCGACUCGGCCCGGCUAUAGCCCUGAUAGGAAACCUCACGGUUACCCCAGAACAGGAGCCAGUCCUGAAAAGAAGCCAGAUCAGCCUCACAAAACCAGUACCAGCCCGGAUAGAAAACCAACAUCUCGGGCACCUGUCGGUCACCCUGGCACACCCACUCGCCCUGGAGACUUCGGGUCGCCAAAGUCACCUCGCCAAAGUCCAGAAAGAAAAGCAACAUCCCGCACACCUAGCGAUCGACCUGCCUCUCCAACGCGACCGCGGGAAUUUGGUACUCCAAAGUCGCCCCGUCAAAGUCCUGAGAGAAAACCGACCUACCGUCCUUCUGGUGACAGACCAGGUGAUUCCAGCCAUCCGCGCUUCUCGUCACCGCAGCGGACUAGUCCUGACAGAAAGCCUGACAACAAGCCAAGGGAUUCUCCACGAUCAAGCCCAAGCCCAGAUCGUAAACCAGGAUACCAAACGCCUUCUGAUCGUCGCCCAGCUCCUGGUGAUGUUCCGAGAACCACGUCUCCUUCUAGACCGUAUUCACCUUCGGACGCACAUAAGAGACCUAGGACUAGUCCUGAACGCAAACCAGGAUAUCAAACACCUGCUGACCAACGUGCAGCUCCUGGUGAUGUUCCGAGAACUACGUCUCCUUCUAGACCGUAUUCACCUUCGGACGCACAUAAGAGACCUAGGACUAGUCCUGAACGUAAGCCAACGCAACCAGAUAGCAUCGACAAAUCUUCACGUCCAAAAGGCGUGAGCCCAGACAGAAAACCAGGAUAUAUGCAACCUACUGCUACCACCAAGCCAACACCAGAUAAUCUAAAGAGUCCAACGAAGCCCUCUGUCAGCCCCGACCAUAAAUCUCCUACAAAACAAAUACCUGAAGAUCGUAGUCCAGACAAGACCAAAAGUAGCAUAGUAAAGGAGGUCCAUGAACGAUUUGUGGAUGAAGAGACUAAGAUCUAUACUCAAAUUGAUAAAACAAACAGUAACCAAACAACUGUCAUUGACUCAUUACAACCACGUGAGCAGAGCCCUUUGCCAGUUGGCAUGGGUCCUGGUAAAGAUACUCCGGACUUUAGCGAUUCUCUUCAUCGUGACGCUCCAAAGUAUAAAGAACCUACAGACUCUAUACCGUCUGAUAAAAUACCCCAACGAUUGGAAAGAACCGACGUGACCACGGAGUAUGAUAAGAUUACAACUAUAAAAACAACAAAGACUAAGGAUUCUCCGAAACCAACCGGCAGACAACCUUCUCCCACUAAAGACACGAAACGACCCGACGAUGUAAAGGAUAAAAUACCGAAAGAUAAAGAGGCGCCUAAGUCUGAUAGAGAACCCUCACCUGAUAAAUAUGGCACAUAUGAGAAGAAAAAGCCGACUAAAUUUCCAAAGGAUCAAGAUGUUCCAUCUGAAACUCCAAGAGAACCGUCUCCUAGCAAAUUUGGCACCUAUGACAAAAAUCAACCACGGGAUGAUGAUUCUGCUCCUAAAAAACCCCAGGAUGCCCCUGUACGCGAACCUUCUCCCACUAAAUAUGGAACUUAUGAUAAGAAGCGGCCAACUGCGGAAACUCCUAAAGAUUCCUCAAAACCUCAAGACAAAAAAACAACCGUGGAAAAAAUAACAACUACUGUUAAGGAAGAUAAAGAAACCAGAUAUGAUUCUUUAACCCGUCGUGAAAAGAUCACUAAGAAGCCUGAACACCCUGGUUCUCCUACCAAAAAGAGCCCGAGAGACAGCGUGUCUCCAGCCAAGUCACCAAUAAAAGAUACUAAAUACAAACAUACAACAGAUUUCCUAACUACUGAAAGAACCACGGAGGAAAUCCAUAAAAAACAGACUACUAAAGAUCGCCCCAGGCAACUUAUCACCCCAUCUUCUAGCCCAACUCGUAAACCUAAGCCUGAUACCGCUCCGUCAACGGGGCAGAGUUCUCCUACGACUUCUGUUAGUGGUUUUGUUUACUUUGGUUCCCCAAGACAAGAGCAACCUGUAACAGACUUGGAUGACCAGGAGCCUUAUCCCGAUACUCACGACAAAACAAUCCCAGCCUAUGAUAAACCUGACAAUCAGGUCAUAGAUCGUACUCCAUCACCUUCCAAAAUACCGUGCCGAUCACCAUCUCCUGAUAAACGUACUUCUCCUUACAAGGACAAUUUUCCACUCAAAAGUUCUUUGAAAAAGCCAACGGACUCUCAGACUUCACCGUCUGAAAAACCUCCAUCAAGUUUCCGUGUGUCACCAGAGAAUCAAGACUAUCCACCUCAUGAUAUCGUUAAGAAAGAUCGUCCAGAGCCUGAAGGUCAUGAUUCACCCAAAAGCAAACCGCCCCUGGAAAGACGUGAGACGUACGAGGACCGAUGCAGAAAGAUUCUUGGUAUGAUUGACACUACAGAGACCACCACGAGGGUGACUACUGAGAAAGUAACAAGGAGUUCUCCUGAUGAUUCUCCAAGUCAUAGCCCAGUUCCAAAGGACGUAUCUCCUUUCAAAGACUAUCCGUCUAAAAAGGACACUAAAACCAAUGUCCUCGAUUUUAUAUCUCGAGAAAAGGAUGAGCUCGUGAAAACUACGCGUGAUGAUUAUGCUCCUGAUGGAAAACCUAAAACGCCUAGAGACACUUCUCCUACAAAACUUCAAGACAUCACUACUACAACAAAAAAGACUCGUGAAGAUACUGAAAAGGAAACCAUCACAACGGUGAAAACUAAGUACACGAGAGAAAGUCCGGAAAGGAAACCUGGAUAUGUACCUGGUGGUAAACAAUCAGAGCCUAUUAAAGAUCAGCCUACAUACGGCUCUCCCAAAACACCUAAAGGUAUUCAGCCUGAUUCCACUACUGACGCAGUGAAGUAUCGGCCAACUGAUUCGCCUAGAAGCAGCUUGAGCCCUGAACGUAAAUCAGGCCAAACGCCAACAAAGAGAGCACCAGAAAAACCAGAUGACAAGUAUCCCAAAGAAUCUUCUAAGACACGACAAGACGCCAGCCCUGACCGUAAACCUAGCCAUACCAAAUCUACGGAUAUCAGCACUAAAUACGAUACAGUAUCUACUGAAGGUGUACAAAAAACUGUAUCUUCAACAAUUAGUGAGAAGAAGUAUCCUUCAAGGCCAUCCGAUUCGCCCUCGCGCAAACCUUCGAAACCUGAUGUCGACAAAGUAAGAGCAACUUCACCCUUCAAAACCCCCAAGGGAUUAGUUCCUGAUAAAAAGUCUCCUGGUAAGAAACCCACCAAAAGUCCCAGCAAGAAACCAGGACACGAAUAUCCUGAUGAUGAGUCUGACACUGCUGAGGAAAUAUCUGACUACGAAUCAACUACCGUUACUGCUCAGUACGAGUCGUUCACAUCCGAGGAAGCAGAUAAAAAAUUCUCCUUAACUACAGUAAGUGAUCGUCCUGCAAAACCAACAUCUCCCACGCACAGGGCUCCGACUACCAAUCAGCCUAGGCCUCGGUCUCCGAAGGAUGAUGACGUGGGCAGAGAACCGGGUUAUGAAGUUCCUUCACCAACUAAGAGUGCGCCGAUAAAGGAACCCUCUUUAAAACAUCCUCAGGAAUCGUCUCCAUCGCCAGAUGUAAAGACUUCUAGCUAUAAAAAAACGAUUACUAAUAUUGAGUCGACCACUAGUGACAUUAACGAAACAUUCACUUCUAAGACAGUGGUUGAAAAACAACCUAAAAAACCAUCAGAUGCUCCAACUCGUGAUACUCCUGAUGAAAAGCCCAGGCCCGACUCAGUAAGUCCUAGGUAUCCUAGAGGAGAAAGCCCAGAAAAACGACAACCGACAUCGCCAAUGAAAGGCGUUCCCGGUGACAAAUAUCCUCGUGAUUCAUCCCCAUCUCAUCCCGAAUACUUAAAAACUACUACUGUAGUUACUUCUACUGAUGAACACCACACCCUCGAGGACAUUGAUGAGAGUGUAAGAAGUAAGAUCUUAGAAGAGCGGCAUCCACGCAAACCGUCAGACUCACCCACUCGCCGUGAACCAGAUGAUAAGCCAAAGACCGACAUACCUACUAGAUCAGGUCACCCCAAAGAAGACAGUCCCGAAAGAAAACCAACUCAGCAUCAGCCGACUAAGGAUGCUCUCAGGAGACUUCCUGGUGAAAGACAUCCCGAAGAUACGACUUCAUCCAGACCUAGUUACUUGAAAACUACUACUGUAAUCAGUUCCACUGAUGAGAUAUACGAUGCAGAACACAUUGAUGAGACUCUUGUAUCGAAGACCGUACAUGAAAGUUACCCUCACAAAUCUUUAGAUUCACCUACUCGACGUGAACCGGGUGAUAAACCGAAGACUGGCAUACCUAGUAGGCCCGGUUAUCCUAAGGAAGAGAGCCCUGAACGGAAACCAAUUCAACAGCCAACUAAAGAUACGCCUAAGAGAAUUCCUGGCGGUAAAUAUCCUGAAGAUAAGUCUCCAUCCAAACCUGGUUAUUUGAAAACUACUUCUGUAGUCAGCUCCACUGACGAGAUAUACGGUACAGAACAUAUUGAUGAGACUCUUGUAUCAGAGACCGUACACGAGAAAUAUCCUCGAAAACCUUCGGGUUCACCAACUCGACGUGGUCCUGAUGACAAACCUGAGAGUUACAUGCCAUCUGGGCCGGGUUAUCAUCAGCCGACUAAAAAGGACACAAAAACCGAUGUCAUUGAUUUCAUAUCUCGUGAGAAAGAGGAACUGGUAAAGACAACCACGCACGACCGUCGCUCUCCUGAUGAAAAACCUAGUUAUCAACAACCUGCCAAGAAAAUUCCUGGAGACAAAUAUCCAGAAGAUUCUCCGUCAAGCCCUGGGUACAUGAAGACAACUACGGUUGUCAGUUCUGCUGAUAUGGAAUAUACUACUGAAGAUAUUGGCGAGACAGUGAUUUCGAAGACUGUGCAUGAGCAAUACCCACGCAAAUCUUCAGAGUCACCAACUCGCCGUGCUCCCGACAACAAGCCCAAAACCGGCACUCCUAAACCUAGUCACCCUAAGGAGGACAGUCCUGAAAGAACGCUAGGUCGACACCCGAUUUCUUCGUCUAAAGAUGCUCCCAAGAAAUCACCUAGAGAUAGAUCUCCUGAAGAUCUAUCUCCUACACGUAUUGGAUUUUCGAAAACCACUACUAUCACUAGUUCUACUGAUGAACAAUUCACUUCCAAAGAUAUUGAUGAAACCAUAAUGACAAGGACCGUUGAAGAAAGAUAUCCACGCAAGCCUUCGGAAUCACCAACCCGACGUAGUCCAGGUGACAAGCCAAGUACUGGUGUUCCGUCUAGGCCUGGUUAUCCUAAGGAAGGUAGUCCUGAAAGAAAACCGCGAUAUCAACAGCCUUCUCCACCAACUAAGGGUGUUCCGCAAAGAGAGCCUGAAGACCAAUAUCCUGAUAAUUCUUCACCCCGACAGGGAUAUUUGAAAACAACCACAGUUGUGAGUUCUACGGAUGUUUCGUAUGGGACGGAAGACGUGGAAGAAACACAUAUUUCAAAGACUAUGCACGAAAAACAUCCUCGGAAGCCUUCGGAGUCACCCAGCCGUCAACCACACGACAAGCCUAGGACUGACACUUCUAGCAGACCUGGAUAUUCGAAGGAAGAAAGUCCGGAAAGAAGACCUGGCUAUCGACAACCAACAUCACCAACUAAGAAAAUUCCUGGUGAACGAUAUCCUGAUGAAUCUUCACCAUCGAGACCAGGUAAAGAACCUGGAUACACAAAAACAACAACCGCUAUAACAACUACAUACGAUAGCUAUGACACAGAGAGCACUGAGGAUACUACGAGAAGAACUUACGAAGAAAGUCAUCCUAGAAAGCAGACAGAAUCGCCUACACAUCGGCCAGUCAAAGAUACACCCAGAAUUCAUUCGACUAAGCCUAUAUUACCUAAAGAUGAAAGUCCUGAAAGGAAACCGGGUUAUCAUCAUCCAUCUUCACUUACCAAGGGUUCCUCGAAAGAGCAACCUUCCAAGAGAUAUCCGGAAGAUUUAACUCCUUCGCAACCUAAAACUCCUGGUUACAUGAAAUCAACCACUUCUGUUACAUCAAAACAUGAUUCUCUUUAUACAACAGAGGAUACUGAAAAGACUCGCAAAUCUAUAACAUUAGAGGAGAAAAUCAAAAAACCAUUAGAUACAACAACUAUACGCGCCCCAGGUUAUAAACCUGAAAGCGAUAUUUCAGACGAAGAAGAAUAUCCAGAAGAAGGAAGACCCGGCCACCCACAAAGAUCACCAAAUUCAGAAGUACCAACGAAAGUACCUGGUGAUCGCCAUGGUAAAGAGACAUCUCCAUCACGUCCUGGACACUUGAAGACGACUACUGUUAUUAGAACGUCUGACACUUUGCAUGGCACGAAAGAUGUGGAAGAGACUUUAAUAUCCAAAACAGUUCAUGAGAAGUAUCCACGUAAACCUUCAGAGUCGCCGACCCGUCAUGCUCCGGAAAGCACACCUAGGGCAGAAUCACCCACGAAACUGCGAAGCCAAAAGGAUGAUAGCUCUGACAGAAAACCAGGAUUCCAGCGUCCAUCAUCUCCAACUAAGGACACUCCGAAACAAUCCCCAGGAGACAAAUAUCCUAAAGAUUCGUCACCUUCGAGGCCUGGUAAGCCUGGUUACACAAGAUACGAUACUUACACUCUAGAAGAUGCUGAAGUUACAUCUCACUUGGUUCAAGAAAAGUAUCCACGCAAACCAGCUGAUUCUCCUACUCGUCGAGCACCAGCAGAUAAACCAAGAGAUACUUCUCCUACUAAGCCCAAACGUACAACUGAUGAGAGUCCUGAAAGGAAACCUGGGCACCAAAGACAAACUUCACCAUCAAAGUUGCCGACAGACGCACAUCCCAAAGAUCCAUCACCAUCGAGGCAACCUAAAACUCCUGGAUACAUGCACACCACUGCUUCUGCGACAACUAAACACGACACUUCAAUAACAACUGAAGAUGUCAAACGAACCUUCACUACUAAAACGGUUAAAGAAAAAUAUCCUUCCAAACCAUCUGAACCAUCACCGUCUAGACCUAGAGAUGGUAGUCAAGAUAAGAGUCCGAAACACCCAGAAAUAGUAUCUUCUAUUAAAGACGCACCCCAGAGAAAACCUGAGGAACUCCGGUCCAGGGAGACCUCACCGACUAAAGGUGACAGAACUCCAGGUUACAUGAAAACCACAACUGCCAAAUCUUCAAAGUAUGAUACUGUGACGACUGAUGUUAGAGAAUCUGUCACUUCCACUGUCGACAAAAAAUAUCCUACCAGACCGCUUGAAUCACCUUCUCGUCAUGUUCCAGAUAAACAUAAGCCUAUGCCAGAGUUUCCUAAAAUAACUUCUCAGGUUAAGCUGGAACAGCCUUCAUCCAAGUCUCCAACUAGAAGCAGUCCUAGUCCAGACAGAAAACCAUUGUCUCGACAGCCAACAGAUACUGGCAGGGACAGUCCCAGGAGACUAGAUGACAGGCGCCCUCAUGAAUCUUCACCUACUAGGUCUGAAAAAUCACCGGGAUAUAUGAAGACUACGACUACAGUGACAUCUAAAUAUGACACUAUUACAAGCGAUAAUGUAGAUACCGUUACUUCAAAAACAACUGAAAAGAAACAUUCAUCUCUGUCUCCAAAUCGACAAAUUCCAGCUCACACAAAGUCUACGCCGGAGCCUCAUAGACCAUCGUCUCCGGCUAAAACACAUUAUAGAGAUGACUCUCCUAGGGACAGUCUAAGCCCAGAAAGAAAACCAGAAAAACAUCCACAAGAACAUACUCCGGGCUAUAUGAGGACUACAACAUCCGUAACUACAAAAUAUGACACUAAAUCUACUGUGGAUACCGAUGAUAUUAGCUCAAUAAAAAUAACAGAAAAGAAACCGCAAAGAUCCGAAUUGCCUUUACAUCAAAUUUUGAAAGAUACACGCCCGCAAUCAGACAUCCCUCGUAAUGUCUCGCCUUCAAAGCCUGACCAUGACAGUCCUCAUAAAAAACCUGGUUACAAACAAACUUAUCCGUCUAGCAAAGAUAGUCCAAAAGACAGACAGCCGAUUACGCAGCCAGAGGGUAAGAAACCCAGUUACAUGAGGCCUACUGCUUCGGUCACAUCCAAGUACGAAACAACCGCUGUGGAGGAUUCAGAGGAAUAUAUUACAACAGAAACGGUGGAGCAGUCAUCGCCACGAUCGGGAUCUCCAUCGCGACGAGUUCCGGAGGAUUACACUAUGCCGGAACAUCUCACAACACCUCAAGAACCCAGGCAAUUGCGCACUCCAUCCCCAAUCAAAAAAUUGACGGAGGUUAGCACAGAUUUCAUAAUAAGUGAAAGAGAGCAAGAAGUGCUAGAAAAAGUACAAAAAUCUCUUCGGAAACUAUCACCAGAGCGCAAAGAAAAGUCACCAGUCCGUGAAAGGAGUCCAAAUAAAACAACUACGAGCUUGCACGAUUUGGACAUAAGACAGACUGUGGAAACCGAAUCUGUUACUAAAGAUGUCACAGAAGGUGUGAAACGAGUUACAAAAGAAACAAUACAAAAACCCAAAGAAGACAAGCCUAAGGACCAGAGAACAAUUACCAAACCAUCAGUUCGAAAUGAGUCUCCGACUAAAAAACCAGGACAAUCGGUUUCACCUAAAGUUGACAAGAGUCCGGAGUCUCCAACCAAGCUCAGGAGUACUUCACCACGGAAACCAUUUGGUGAAAGACCUCAGUCACCACAGAUGUCCAGAACUGGUGUUAUCAGGAAAGAACCGACGCCAUCUCAGUUAAUCAGGAAGCCUACGCCUGUAAGCAUAACUACCAGUAAAGUUGAAAAAGCAAUAACGACGGAUGUCAAGAAACUGACGGGUGUUACUAAACAAACCAUCACCAAAACUACGGUGAAAGCUACAGCGAGUAAAUUCAUGUCAACGUCGAGCAAAACUGAACCUGAAGUGAAACGAGCUCCGACUCCCAAAGGCGUCAAGGAUUCACCCAAGAAGGAUACGGAUACUAAAGUAACACGUACAGUGAGUGAUGUCACUGGGAAAACAAAAAAAACUUCUCCACAGAGAAUUAAAUCAAAACCUGAGAUUCAAGUCAGUGAUAUGUCGAGCGCAAAGUCUCCAAAACCAACCAAACCGACGAAAGAACCGCAGUCUAAAUUCACGGGUAAGCCGAAAUCGGCAACAGCGCUGAACACAUCGGUUGAAGAAGAUGACAUAAUAAUUGACGUCCAACAGUCAAAGUCUUCCCGGGAAAAUUCCCCUGACCGUAUCUGUCCAACGCCGGUUAAUUUUGCAGAUGAUGUUGGCACGCCCAGGUUCCCUGACCAGGUAAGCGAACCGGAUGACGAAUUGCGUAAGCGCACAUACCACACCAUCCAUGAAACUGAGUCCAUUGUCGAUGACAUCGUAGAGAUUUGCGAGGAUGAUGAGUUAUUCGUCAAGAGGACAGAUGUAGAAGACAUCUCUGAACAUGACGAAAGUCUGCUCAGCGUUCACGAUAAAGUCUCUAAGUUCACCAGCAAAAUUCAUACGUCACCUAGACCAAAAGACACUACAACCGCUUUCAAAGACACUGAAAUUAAAGUUCAUUCCGACUAUAUUGAUGAGAAAUUAAAAUCUGACGAAUGUUUAUUAUCAGUGUCGGAAAAGGUAAACAAAUUCGCCAAAGGGCCGCGGGACACGAAAGAUAACAAGAGCCCAUCGCGUAGAAUUGUCGACGAAUACGAUCGCGAUACGAUUUAUCAGGACGACUACACGAAGCUAAGUGUAAACGAUAAGGCGCACCUGUUCGUCGAGUCGGCAGAACACGCGAAGUCGCCUAAAGUAAAGCCAAUACAAAAAGUGGAACGACCUGAUUUGACCGAUGUCGAUGAGUCAUUAAAGAGUGACGACUGUUUGCUCAGCGUGUCUGAUAAAGUGAACAAGUUUGUUAAAACCGCCGAACAGUUCUUAAUUGAAUCACAUGAAGUCGAGGAGAAAGACAAGAAAAUUAAGGAGCAACACGAAAAGAUAAUGAGACAAAUUGUGGACGACUCAGACGACGAGACCACGGAGAGAACUGUACACACGCACAAAAGUGUUACGCAUCACCAUGACCACCACGACAGGCGGUCACCGGAUCGCCGGGAUGACAAACCGUCCUUCGCAAGGGAGACAGAAUCUUCUCAUGCCAAAAUUAAGGAAUUUGAUAGUCCUAAUACGAAGCCAACGGAAAGGACACACCCUGUUAAGAUAACUACAUUACGUAGCAGCGAGGCGGUAAAAAAAGCUAAAGCAUUGUUUGAAAAUAUUGCUUCAACUACGCAGAAAACGAAAGAAACACACACAACAAAAACUGCCAAAUUAACGGAUAUCGGCGUGCAAAGAAAACCUAAGGAAUCAACUACAGUGUCCCAGCGUCAUAUGGAGCGACACCCGAGUCACGUGACCGACACCGAUAGCGAAGUCGAUGCGGCGCCGCAUGUCCCGAGGGAGCGCCCGCCUAGUGGAACUCACGGCAGGGCGCCUGAAGACAAACCGCGUAGUAGCCCCGGCCGUAUCAGGACUAAAUCGCCUGAAGUUCCGAAGUCUAAGUCGCCGAUGCGUCAGACAGUAGAGACGACCACUACAACAAAAACUAUAUUGACGCGGUACCCAGCCGCACCGAGAUCUGAGUCUCCAAAACAGCGGCCUGAAACUGACAAGCCAGGUUACUCACGCCCGACCAAGUCGAGCCAAAGCAAAGAAGAAAAGGUUGUGGAAGAAACUGAGGUGAGCAGCCGACGUGGAAGUGGAAAGUUCGGUGUAGAACUCCGUAGAACGAGUGUGGAGCGAUCAACGGUGAGCAGUGAGCGCCGGCGCAGCGUCGAGCACCCCUGCAUUGAGGACAUCUUCGACCUGGACCUCCUGGAACAAAUGUUGGAAAAGGUCGUGGGCUACGAGCAGAGGCGACGCAUCAGGGCGCAAAUAAGAAUAGCUAAAAAAGGAGAGGAUACUACUGUCACGAAGGUCAUAAAACCUACACUGAGCAUACCAAAGAGUCGGUCUCCCGAACCGCACAAAUCACCCGACCGCACCCCAAAAACAACACAUCACAGACCUACAUCUCCUGACCGCAAAUCUACUCCGCAAAGAUCGGUUACUCAGAGGGAAACGCCAUCUCGUAACGGACAUCCCAAGGAGCCGGUUGAGAAGCACCCGCGUGGACAGAGACCGCAUAGUCCAGAAAAAAUAGCUCCCAAGUCCACUAAAACUGUCCGUCAACCGAGUCCCGAAAAGAAGACGCAUCCGCAGUCUCCAAGCAAAGCCGUUUCGAAGCCCAAAUCCAGCCGCUUCAACGAAUACGCCACGGCUUACAUGAAAAAAGUUGGACUGAACGAAGCCGACAAAAAAACUACUGACAUUAAGAAGAAGGACAUGCAACACAAAUCUAUGCGCCAAGUGGAAGAAACAACAACUGUUGAACAGUAUUCUUCCGAAUGUUUCGUCGAAAAAACACCAUCGAGUGAGGUUAUAGAAAUUGUCCACUUAAACGGGAAGAGAUCACCGUCGCCUGAGAAAAGACAGAGCCCUGAACGCAAGGUUGAGAGACAAGAGCGCUCCCCAACUCCUGAACUGAAAAGGCAGAUGUCUGACACAGCUAAAAAAGAAACUAUCAUUAAAACUGUGUAUGAUAUUGAGAAGAAGAUACCACAAAAACAGAUUCAGGAGGAGAAACCGUCGUGGGUGACCAAUAGGAACCUUAAAAAGAUAACUUCGGAGACUCGCACGUUCAGUAGCAAGAAAUUGGAGCCAGAGAAGCCAAAGUACCGCUCUGCGAGUCCAUCGAAAGCCAUCACGAAACCCAUUGACGUGAUUACCUCGAGUUAUGGCCCCGGUCCACUGGAUGCUGAUGGGAAGCCGCUAUUCGGCAUCAAAGCGCUGAGGAAUGGCAGCAGCAACUACCAAGUGAAAGGCACAGUGAUCCGCCAAGAGUUCCACUCGCGCAACGGCAGCGAGCCUGAGGGCACGGUGUCGGUAACAGCGUACUCCACGGAGCCCGAGGAGCUGGAGAAACUGCUGCAAUCGCAGGGGGCGCCGCCGUCUCGCAUCCACGGUCUUGCCGCCAUCACCACCACCAAGAAGUUCGGCGGCGACACCGGCACCACCAUACACCAGGCUCAUGGGAAAGAGGAACGCGCUGCCUUAGACCAGUUCACACACAGCGACCGCCGGGUAAUCGACACAGAGAGUGUGGGAGAGACCAGGAGCUAUGAGACCAAACGACAUGAGGAGACAAGACGGAUGGAUACACAGGAAAUCGAAGACCAGGACCAGGAGAGAAGUGCGGACAGGAUCAUCUACAAGCAGGAGAAGGUUGACAGGACAGGACAGCUGGAGGGACGCUCCGACGAGCGCAGGGAGAGAGUGGAUAAGAGAGAAGACAAGAAGACCGUCAGGCAGAGUUCGGUCAAAUCUCUUACCGAGAAAUACAUCAAGAGUGCAAGCGAGACGUCGAAGACUGACCGCAGCACGUACCCGAAGGCGGGCCUGAUCCUGCGCACGGCCACCAUGAAAGACAGCGUGUCUAGCGACUCCUCCGCGCACGCCGGUCUAACACGCACCGACAGCGACCACUCCCUGGGCUCUGUGGACGACACGGUGGUGACGACCACCACGGAGCGCGUGGGCGACGGCACGCGCACCACCACCACCACCACCACGCGCCACAGCGAGCGCUCCUUCCUGGACAGCAACGCGAAGGUCACUGGGGUGCAGGACAUACUAACUAGGAUGAAAAAUGCCGAUAUAGUGAUCCAAGAAGGCGAUACGUCCGAGGACACGGAGGCGCGCGCACUCCUCAACAAGUUCCUCGGCGCCAGCGUGCUGAUGGCCGGCAUGCAGGGCUACGUCACCGAGAAACCCACCGGCAAGAUCAUCGUCAAGCAGGAGACAGUCCGAAGCAGUGGUGGUGGCAAAGUGAUCAGCUCUCGGACCAUCGAGGACUUUGACGUUGACCAGUGCUGGGACGAGAGGGUCCUCAGGAAACUUCUUGACGAGUGCACCGACUACGAGCAGCGACGACGACUGCGCGCGCGCAUACGGACACUCAUGGCGGAACAGGAAGCAUGCACGAGUGCAGUGACGGAGGCGCUGGCAGCGGCCGGCGAGACAACGGACGGAUCGGAGACGCGCGAGGAAGAGGAAGUCACUGUCACAUCGAGCGUGCGGAGGAACUCUUCCGAGAAGACCGUUAGCAGUAGCACCACCACUAAAACUUCUAAAGUUAUAGAAAGCAUGAGUCGGCCGGCGCCGAAGCCUGUGUCUCCGUUCGCAAAGUUCCGGCAGCUCGAAAAACAAAACUCAACUAACAGUCCCAACUCGCCCAAGAGUCCGCAGAGCCCGGGCUCUCCGUCGCAGCCUUUCUUCAAGUUCACGGAGCCCGCGCUGCAAGCCAGCGCUCUCACGAUAAAAGAGCGACUGCUGCAGUGGUGUCGCGACAAGACCCGGGACUACGAGAAUGUAAAGCUGGAGAACUUCUCGACGAGCUGGGCGGACGGGCUGGCGUUCUGUGCGCUGGUGCACCACUUCCUGCCAGACGCGUUCGACUACUCGCAGCUCUCGCCUGAAAAACGCCGACACAAUUUCACGCUCGCCUUCAAAGUUGCCGAUGAGAAGGCGGGCAUCUACCCCCUGCUGGACGUGGACGACAUGGUGGCGAUGCGCAAGCCUGACUGGAAGUGCGUGUUCACGUACGUGCAGUCGAUCCACCGCCGGUUCAAGGACCACGACUGAUCACCACCUCGCCACCUCCUCGCCCACGGGACUCGCCACACACUUAUCACUGUUCACUUAGGUCUAUUAUACCUUGAAAUUAUUUAAAUGGCAAGACUUUAAUAGACCGAUUUUAUGCUGGCAACAUUUACCCCAUUACUUAUAAACGUUUUACUAAUUCUUCUUUUAUCUCUUUCACUCAUAUAAUUUUACAUAGGGAUGAAAGAGACAAAACAUUGAUUAGUGUCCCCUUUAAAAAUGUUAAUUAUUAAGUUCCCCAGUGUGUGCCGCGUCCACGGCGCGAGCUAAGCGUAGUCGAACGUUUAGAGUCACAAACCAUUCGAGUAUACUAAAGUCCCAAAGAGAGUUAUUUAGCCUCGGUCGUAUAGCCGCGCCGGGCGGUAACAGUGACGGAACCGUGUCAGCACAAAUUGUACACAUAUUUUAUUAGAACGUGAAUACACGUCCAGCACCGUAGCUUGGAGCGACACGGUCGCAUCACUGACCGACGCGACUGUACGUCCGAAGCGUUUGUUGAUUUGUUUGUAUAUUAUAUUAUUGUCAGUGUCCGCCCAACACGUUUCUCCACGCGCUGUCUCGAUUCUUCCUAUUUAUUGUAAUCUCAAGAUGUGAUUUUUCUAUAUUAGUUGUAAGUACUAACACGAGUAGGUCAUGGUGUUGUGCCAAGAUCGCUUUUGCUUAUUCGUACACAUAAGUAAGUGGAGUCUUCGCACGGGUUUCGACCCCGCGGUCGUCUGACCACAAGUCCGAGCACCAGUUUUUCUUCACCUUAACAUGUUACACGUUGACAUUUAACAGCGGCUCAUGUAUAAGCCAUUAUUGAUUUUAUAAAAUGAUAUUAUUGUAAUGAAAUUAUAAUUUAUAUUUAAAUGAUGAAAUAAAAUAUUAAUUAACAAUUA